AUCCGACGCAAAAUGCCCUUCACGCCGCCGUACCCGCCGUACGAUCCCACCGAUAAGAUCGGCUUCUCCUACGAGACCGUCGUCAAACGCUGGCCCAUCAUCCUCACCGGUAUCAUCGACCACCUCUACUCCCUCAACCACGACCUCUCUCUGCGUGCCCAGGCACCCGAUGUGUCCUCGCAGACGAAGAACGAGCUCAAGGAGCAAAUCGAGGAAGCCAAGGCGAUUAUUGGCAAGAUCAGUGCACUAAAGUACCACAUGGCAAGGGACCAUCAACUAGAGCGUAUACCCGACGACGGCGAGCCCCAUGUGGAAGCGUACAACUCGGGCUUGGAUGACCUUGCCAAGCAGGGCAAGGAUACCUGGUUCACCGCACCUUGGCUGUUCGCAGAGUGCUACCUAUACCGCCUCCUCCGCUCCUACUUCUCCACGACGAAGCACUGGGCCCAGUUCGACCCCUUCCAGAAGCAGAAGCUCGACACCUUCAAGCAGAGCGGCGACGCCUGCUACCAACUAGCAACGACGCUCGCAGAGCUCGAGUCCGAGAAAGCCGCCCUCGCGGCCGACCCGGACAAGCUCAAAGUCCUCUUCGGCGAGAUGCUCCAGAUGUGCCUGUGGGGCAACGCCACAGACCUCUCCCUCCUCACCCACCUCUCGCACGCCGACAUCCAGAAGCUCCAGUCCGUGGGGCGCGACGCCCAGGCCGCCCGGCGCGAGUUUAUAUUGCGCGACGACGGGGACAAGGCGUGGGAGGCGAUCAGGGAGGGGAAGGGCGGAGAGGGGCGCGUGGAUUUCGUGCUGGAUAAUGCUGGGUUCGAGCUCUUCACCGAUUUCGUGUUUGCGGACUUUUUGGUAACGUACACGCCGUACGUGAACAAGGUCGUCUUCCACCCGAAGAUGAUCCCCUGGUUCGUCUCCGACGUCACCCCGCCCGACUUUGCAGGCACCAUCCCCGCGCUGCUCGACCCCGCUUUCUUCCCCUCCCCCUCCUCUCCCUCACCUGGACACUUGAAAGAAGACAGCCUCGUGAAGAUGGUCAAACGCUGGCAAUCCUACCUCGACACCGGCGUGUUCGCGCUGAGUGUGCCGCCCACGCGCAAGCUCGGCGAGGGCGACGCACGCGCGGACUUUUGGACCGCGCCCUGGGCGUACGCGGAGAUGCGCGAGCGCGCGGGGACGUUGUGGGAGGGGCUGAGGGGGAGCGCGGUAGUCGUGUUCAAGGGGUGCGGCAUCUUACACCCUCGCAGACUCACAGGUGACGUCCGCUGGCCAGCGCAUACGCCGUUCGAAGAAGCCAUCGGGCCCCUAGCAGGUUCGUUCCCCAUCCUCAGCCUGCGCACAAGCAAGGCAGACGUCGUAGUCGGGGUGCCGAAGGAGGUCGCCGAGAAGCUGGACGCGAGUGGGGAAAAGUGGCGGGUGAACGGAAAGUAUGCUUUGAUUUCGUUUACUGCAUAGAAUAUAGAAGGGACUAGUAUAAUGUGCGACGAAGGAACGUGCAAGCAAGAAUGGAUAAAGUGCGUCCUACCAAUACAAUCGACUACUGCAAUACAUGUGAUCUUGCAUAACUAUGGUACAGAUUAGCAACUAGAUGCAGCGUGACCGAGCAAAGAAAAAGUCUAAUAUGUACUGCUAAAGUCCCUGAAGAUCUCCUGUGCCAUGAUGCCCUCGACUGGGGACUCUGAGGUAUCAGGCGCAGGCACGGAAGCCUGGAAGCGUCGUAUGGCUUGAAGCCGAGAGCGCCAAUUGGUGGUGACCUCAACCUGGAUGGUAUCGUUUUGCGUGUGUUGAAAAACAGCCGCGAACCAGUCGGCCAGUAAGCUGAGCUGUCUGACGAGGAGAGGGAGGUUCUCGGCCGAGAUCAGCUUAAAGUCUCCUAUAGGUGUGAAUUCGGUCAUGCCCGGGGCGUGUUGUACCGUGACCUUGAAGUAUUCGUGCUCGUGUCUGUUGUCCGAGAAAGCAGCGAUCGUGCCUUGAGAGUGGGGCUCGAUGACGAUAUUCACAAAUUGGAAUUCCGUCCGCAAGGUGUCGAAUCUGUACGGCACGCCCGAGUCGUUCCAGACAAUGCGAACGUAAUCGUUCCCGAUAUGCCGCUUCUUGUUGGUGCUGUACUUGUCUUCAGGGUCGGUAGGCAUUAGGGUUGCUGUGUGGUAGAGGAUCUGGCCUAUAUCAUCCCACCAUGCGUAGGCGUAUUCACCAUCUUCGUCAGGUUCCAACCCGCCCGCAUAGACAUCCACCUGGCCACGAAGGUUGAUGAGCCUUCCGAUGCCUUCCAAAAAUCGGGUAUAGGCAGGAGAACCGUGGUUAUUACGUAGUAUUUCCUCUUCUUGUGUUUGUCCCGGAGCGACAUACAUGAUUCCAACCUUGUGCGUAUCUAUGACUGGCAUCCUGUCCAGAGUCCGGAAGAAUGCUGGCAGCAUCGAAUGAUCGGUAACAAGACGUCCGCGAGCAUGUGUGUCGGGAUAUGGUGACAACUGGAGUGCAAAGAAAGAUGGGUCCACUGCGACGUCUUUCCGCCUCUGAGAGGGAGCAGUCCCGCUCCAUACAUAGCCUGUAAUGGGAUCCGGCCUCGACGUAUCUGAUUCCCGAUCAGUAGCGAAGAUAUCCUGUAGUUCCUCGGGUACGUCAGAUUUGCCCGAUGCGUCUCCUCGAGGACUUCGAUCCAUCAUUAGACUGGCAGGGAUAGAGACAAAGUCAGGAUCAACAUCUCCAGGGCCGACCAUAGGCACGUUCUCUGUCCGACAGAGGAAUUUUGUGCUACCAGAAGGCCUUCUGGAAACUACCUCUAACCACCCUAGCCUGGCUAACGCACGGAUAGUGACCACUGAAUUGCCGACGAUCCAUGUCUUUUCGCUCACUGCUGCUUCUGGCUGGUGAAGUCUCGGAUUCAUGACCAGGUCAUUCAACAAUGAACUAGCUGGCCUUGGGUCUGCACUUGCGUAGGUAUACCGUGCAAGCCAAUCGAAACAUACUUCAGUUGGCUCGUCGACUUCGGUCCUCCCCUCAUUUGCUAGGAGAAGCUGACGGGUAAUGAACCGUACGUGACGCGGUCUAUCCGGU